GCUAUAUAACCAGACAAAACCCUAAAAUCUAGGAAGAUGUCCCAUCCACCCAUCGCCGCCGCCGCCACUCCACCGAAUCCCCCUCGGAAUCCUCCCGAUCCAGUUCCACCCGAGACCAAUCGCAGCCUCCACCUUCUCGGUGUCCCCUCUUGUCCAACCACCGCCAGCGCCCAAAUCCUGCUGGAGCCCGAGCUCCUUUGCCCGCGGCCCCUUCCUCGCUCGUGCCCGAGCAGGAGUGCUCGGCCUCGUCUCCUUGCGUUGCCGUUCGCCACGCCGGUGACUACGGGCACAACCUCCUCAGCAGCGCCCCGCCUCCUCAACCACCUCGCAUCGCUGCCUCAUCAGCUCCGCUGCCGGCAGCAGCACCCGUGCCAAGCCUCGUCCUGCAGCCCCCUCGUCCAGGAGCUGCACGAGAAGAGGAGCUCCUCUUCGUCGUUUCCGCAGCAGUCGCUCGACCUCGCCACUCUCGUCUGCUCUGGUGUGAGAUUGCUGAGUCCUCGUGACUCACAGAUACUUCCAAACAGUUACAGGUGCCGAUGAUACCAAUGCA